UUAGCGCAGGUCCGUUUUCACUUGCACCCGAGUUGGUACGAUACAUGUUUACAUUCGCAACCGCAACGAUGUCAGAGAGUGGAAACUCAAGAGUGAAUUUGGGUGGUGAGCAUUCACCGGCACCGGGAAGACCAAGGUUGGCCGGAGCAAGGACCAAGCAGACGUCUGCUGAUGACAUCCGCACUAAAGAAGAGCAAUACAAACGACUAAAUGAGGAACUUGAAGCCAAGACUGCUACCCUAGUACGUGAAGCAGAGCAAGUCAUGCGAGAUCAGGAAGCUGCCUUGUCCAAGUCGCGUCUGCUGGAUAACAUUAACACAGAGGAUUUCCUCAAGGAAUUUGAUGAAGACCUUACCGGUCAAAAUGAAGAUACACAAAGGAAGCCUUCAAGCCGUCCCGAUUCAAAGCUGAGCAACAAGGACAGUCGGUCAGCAUCACGAAACAAGUCCUCAGCCAGAUCAAAGCCAAAGGAAUCCUGCAAAACAAACACCAUGGAUGAAAGUGCUUUCUUAACCGACUUUGUGGACCUGUCUCUCACCAAACGGAUACACCAGAUGGAGCAAACACUUACAGAAGAUGAUGAUCCUGAUAAUGACAUCUUACCACAUACUGCUGCAGACAUGGGGACAGAAGCCACGAUCCGCUUCCUGAAAGCCAAGCUGAGGGUAAUGCAAGAGGAACUGGACCGACUGUCGCAAGAGACACGAAACAAGGAUGAAGAGUUGAGACAGCUGAGUAGCCAUGUGCGGGAAGUGGAGGAGGACCGUGGGCGACACAUGAGGACGGUUGCCACACAACAGACACAGAUUGACAAGUACAAGAAAGUGGCGGAAGAUGCCCGAACAAAAUCUGACAGUGCGGAGAAUCAACUGAGUACAGUGAGGAAGGAAGUUGAACAGCUGAAGCGCAGUCAGAAGCAGGCAGCCAGUAGUCACAGUGCUACAGAGGUGCGUCUCAACAGGGCCCUGGAGGAGGUGGAGAGAUAUAAGGAGCAACUGCAAAAAUCAAAGUCUCUCUCCAAGGAUGCUAGUGACAGUGACAAGAAGCGUGUUGAGCACCUUUUGGCUGACAACAAGAAGCUGGAGAAACAGAAGAGUGAACUGAUGGCAGGCUUCAAGAAGCAACUCAAACUUAUAGAUAUACUGAAGAGACAGAAGAUGCACAUUGAGGCAGCAAAGAUGCUCCAAUUCUCAGAGGAAGAAUUUGUGAAGGCUCUUGAAUGGGGAAACUGAACACCUGAUGGGGUUGUCUACACAUCUGCUGAUGUGAGAAGGCUUUUAUUCUGGGAAGAGUUAACACUGCCACAUUUAGUUACCAGUUCAUGAAGCUGAGUUCAGACCAGGGAGCCAGCAAAGGAAGACUCUGAAACAAAGGCACUUUUAUCAACUUACAUGGUGCAAAACAUCACUGCAAAAUGUAUUAUGUUUUGAAAAUAAACUGUGUACAGUU